AUGAAUAGAGAGGAAGUCCCAUCAUCAUCAGAUCCUUCCGAAGACGAGUCCAGCUCCGAUGACUUUGAUAUCAGCUCUCAAACCGAGUUCGACAAUACAAACCGUCAACGGUGCUUGGAGGAAAGAUAUCCCGGGUACGCUGGAUUGAUGCUGUAUUACACCUCUCAAGCUAGGGGUUAUAAUUACGGCGAUUGGAUUCUGAGUAUAAAUGAAGAUGCUGGCAUGCUACAGAUGCCUCAGAUCUUAGUUAUCGGAACCUGA